GCUUCCCAUUAAAGGAAUUCAGCUGGAGACGGCCUUGAGGAAUUAACAGGCUUCAUUCUUUGGGAAGAGUUCCUCUUGCAUGCGUGCCUGUUGAUUGAGAGAUGGGAGGGGUUGUUGAUUUGAACACCAUCCUCGUGCCCUUCAGUCUCUUCCUCACAGUGGGCUACCAUGUUUUUCUAUGGCACAGCAUGAAGAGGAAGCCCUUCCUUACUGCGAUUGGAAUGGAAACAUCGAUGAGGAGAGUGUGGUUUCAAAAGGGUGGUGUUAGGAUGGGGAUACUGGCCGUCCAAAGCUUGAGGAACUCUCUACAGGAAACCGUACUGAUUGCUUUGACCGCCAUUGCCAUUAAUACAGCAUUGGCAGCUUUAAUCAACAAUGCAUACUCUGCUAGCCACAGUCUGAUCAGCGGUACAUUUUUCGGGUCGCAGUCUGGCCCGAUCUUCUAUCUGAAGUAUGUUUCUGCCUCACUGUUUCUGUUAGCUAGCUUCUUCUGCAGCUCCAUGGGAGUUGGGUGCUUGAUAGAUGCCAGUAUCUUAAUAAAUGCAUCGGGCGAGUUCUCGUCUCCUGGAUAUGCAGAAAUGAUAAUGGAGAGAGGGUUCAUGUUCGCCCUGGUAGGCAACAGGAUGCUGUACAUGGCCUUUCCUUUGCUGUCAUGGAUGCUCGGUCCGGUGUCCCUGGUGGUGUCCUCGGUAGCAUUGGUUUGUGGAUUGUAUGAGCUUGAUUUUGGCAGCAACUGCACAAUAAGUAAGAAGCAAAGCCUUCUCUUCAUUAAAGAAGAUGCAAGGAAAUAUGAAACUUAAGGUUAUUUUUGGAUCUGGGGAACAGCUUGAGAAAGAAAAGAAAUAGAUCAUAGGGUGAAGUAUUUGGUGCCCUGUGAACUAUAGCCUAUGUUCCACUUUGAUUUUAGCUACUAGAAUGAUAUUGGGCGUGAUGUAAAAUAGCCUUGGAGCCAUUUGGCACCAAAGUUGCCUGGGUUUCCUUCCAACCACUCAACCCUUCUCAAUGAACUUGGAUCCACUCUGAAUCACAAA